GCAAUGCCGAUGGACAUGCCAACUGGGCCAUCAAAAGACCGAUACUCUGCAAUUUCCCACCAUCUUCACUUGUUUAUCUCUCCCUCCCUCCUCUCUCUCUCCCGCCUCGUCGUAGGAGCAAGCCAUUCCAGCACAACCGAGCUCCGUUGAAGACUCUAAUAAGCUGCGCUCCUGGAAAUGGUUCGUAAACGGUUCCAUGAAGCCAAAACAGGGCUUCAGUACAUCAAAUAUCUCGAUGCCGAGAAGGUGCUGAGCAAAAUAGGAAUGGGCAAAGAAGACCGCUACUUCUGGAAGCAGAUAGGCAAGGGGUUGCUAGCCACAUCCUCUCUCAUGGGCGCCGCGUGGCUCUACAACGAAACCUCGCCCCUAGGGUGGUGGACGCUGAAGCCUCGGCCAAAGGAAGAGAAAGAGCUCGCGCACUUGUACGAGCGGCGGCAGUUUCCGUACCCGGGCGACAAAGAAGCCAUGGAAGAGUUCAUUGCCAAGGGGGGCAUGAUCGGCACAACCAUCGGGCCCAAGGGGGUUGUUGAAACCGAUAAAGAUGCUUACAACUACCAGAAGGAGUUGCAGAACAAGAAGUUCGAGCAAGAAGCUCAGAAGCUGUGGCUUCGGAUGAGGAAUGAGGUUAUUGCGGACCUGCAAGAAAAAGGGUACGAUAUUGAGUGAACUAGGAGUAUUUCAGAACAUGUUAUGAAGUAAAAAGGCACUAUAUGAGCAAAUUGGGAGUGUUGAAUUUGCUGACAAAGUUUGAGCACAAUGUGGUUGGCCUCUUAUCUGGCUUUUCACAUUUUUCGCUUUGUUUGAAACCCCUCGCUCUCAAUAAAAUUUCGUCGGUGUCA